AUGAGCAGCAAUGAGUGCUUCAAGUGUGGACGAUCUGGCCACUGGGCACGCGAAUGCCCUACUGGUGGAGGCCGUGGUCGUGGAAUGAGGAGCCGUGGCAGAGGUGGUUUUACCUCGGAUGGAGGUUUCCAGUUUGUUUCCUCAUCUCUCCCAGACAUCUGUUAUCGCUGUGGUGAGUCUGGUCACCUUGCCAAGGAUUGUGAUCUUCAGGAGACUGAAGCCUGCUAUAACUGCGGUAGAGGUGGCCACAUUGCCAAGGACUGCAAGGAGCCCAAGAGAGAGCGAGAGCAAUGCUGCUACAACUGUGGCAAACCAGGCCAUCUGACUCGUGACUGUGACCAUGCAGAUGAGCAGAAGUGCUAUUCUUGUGGAGAAUUUGGACAUAUUCAAGAAUUAAUAUGGGUAGCAAGACUAAACAAGUAA